CCCCGCGCGUGCGCAGUAAGCACUUUGCCGCUCGGAGGAGAGUUCCCCGGUGGUUGAUCCUCCUUAACUGCUUAUGGAGGACGGUUUGGGCCCGUGAAGUGGGGGGCGCGCAAGAGGACCCCCGGGACCCCCUCCCUCAUGGCGGAUUCCGGCUCUGGGCCCAUCGCUAGCCCUGAGGAGGAAGCCGACGAGGAGCUGCUUCUACUCGAUACGGAGUCGCCGUCGCCGCCGCCGCCCGUGACAGUCUCCGUGAUAACGGCCACGAAGGCGACUCCAGGCGGCGCCGUCAGGGUCAGUCUCGAUGGGCGCUCAGUGGCGGCAGACAUGGACAACAGCGAAGGCGAGGAGGGAGAAGAAGGGGACGACGACGACGACGACGACGACGAAGAAGAAGAGUCUGAGCCGCUCCUGGGCUCGACGGGGUCGCGCCGGCGCCGCAGGAACCGAGAGAGCCGUUGUGCUGCAGGAAAUAUUGGAAGUACUGCAGCGAUGACCUUAUUUUUGGAUGAUCCUGAAUUUGCUGAAAUCAUGCAGCGAACUGAACAAGCCAUAGAAUGUGAAGUUUUUCCAGAGAGAAUCUCCCAGGGAUCGAGUGGAAGUUAUUUUGUCAAAGAUUCUAAGAAAAAAACUAUUGGAGUGUUUAAACCCAAGUCUGAAGAGCCUUAUGGUCACUUAAAUCCAAAAUGGACCAAAUAUUUUCACAAAAUCUGUUGCCCUUGCUGUUUUGGCAGAGGCUGCCUUGUUCCUAAUCAGGGAUACCUCUCUGAAGCUGGUGCCUAUCUUGUGGACAGUACACUGGAAUUAGGGGUGGUACCUAAAACAAAGGUUGUCUGGAUUGUCAGUGAGACCUUUAAUUACAGUGCAAUAGAUCGUGCAAAAUCAAGGGGUAAAAAAUAUGCUUUAGAAAAAGUGCCAAAAGUUGGCAAAAAAUUUCAUCGAAUAGGACUACCUCCUAAGGUUGGCUCCUUUCAGCUGUUUGUGGAAGGCUACAAGGAAGCCGACUACUGGCUCAGGAAAUUUGAAACUGAUCCUUUGCCUGAGAAUACCAGGAAACAGUUUCAGUCUCAGUUUGAAAGAUUGGUUGUGCUUGAUUAUGUCAUCAGGAACACUGAUAGAGGCAAUGACAAUUGGUUAGUUAAAUAUGAAAAGCAGAGUGAUGGGACUGACCUUUCAGAUAAGGACAUCCAAUGGAUUAAUGAGAAAGAACCUGUUAUUAAAAUUGCAGCAAUUGAUAAUGGUCUAGCUUUUCCCUUCAAGCAUCCUGAUGAAUGGAGAGCAUAUCCAUUCCAUUGGGCUUGGCUUCCACAAGCAAAGGUCCCUUUCUCUCAAGAGACAGUAGAUUUGAUUCUUCCUCGUAUUUCUGACAUGAAUUUUGUACAGGAUCUUUGUGAAGACCUUCAUGAACUGUUCAAGUCUGACAAAGGUUUUGACAAGGCUACAUUUGAAAGUCAAAUGUCUGUGAUGAGAGGGCAGAUACUUAAUCUUACUCAGGCAUUAAAGGAUGGAAGAAGUCCUCUUCAGCUUGUUCAGAUGCCUCGUGUAAUUGUGGAGAGAAGUCAUGGUGGAACUCAAGGACGAAUUGUUCAUCUAAGCAAUGCAUUUACACAGACUUUUCAUAGUCGGAAACCAUUUUUUUCCUCCUGGUAGAGAGAAUUGUGUGAAGGCUUCACAAAUAGUAUGAAGGCUUCACUAGUAUGAAUAGAAGGCUUCACAAAUAGUAAUUCUGCUGUACACAGAAUGCUGGACUGCCAAAACCUCGAAUGUUCAAAACUUAUUUUGAAUGUGAUAAGUUUACAGUUUAAAAUUGUGAAAUUAUGUAUCAGGGAAAUGAGGAGCUUGUCCUAUACUGUAUUUUUGUAGGCAGAGUUGAUGUUUUCUGUAUUUAAUAUUAAAGGGGGGAAAAUACAUGUUUACAGAUGCCAAAGACUACUUUUGACUAAACUGUAGGAAAGGACUGUUAUGUUGGAUACAAGUGUCAGAAAUCAUAGUCUGCUUUGUUAGAAAUGAAGCACAGCCUUUUCAUUACUCCACUGUAAGAAAGUCGCUUGAAAUGUUCCUCUUACCAAUUAUCAGUUUUUUACAUGGGCUCUUACAACUUAAUGUACUUGGUGAUUACAAAAGAGGUUGAUCAAGAGAUAAACACCAGGAUUUAGGACCAAUAUAAUUACUUCCCUGUUUUGAAAACAAAGGGGACAAAAGUGAGUUAAAUUAAUACUACAAACAUCCAGAGGAAAUGGAAUUGUUUUGUUCUCAUGCCCUAUUUUCCUGAAUGUACAGCUCUACAAGUUGGUUCAUAUAUGACCUCUGCUUCAGCAUCCUGACUGAAGUGAGGGACAGGAGUAAGCUUCAGCUUGUGCCUUCCACCCAUCACCACAGGCAGAGAGCUUAGUGUGUGAUGAAGAACCUAGACAUACAAUAUGCAUGUAGGUUCCAUCCUUGCUGAAAAAGGGAUAGAUUGUUGAUUGGAGCUUAAGAGUACAUAUGUAAGGCUUCCGUUGCACAUUGGGGAUAGAUAUAAAGUGGUGUAUCCAUGCACCUUCCUGUCUGUAGAUUGUACAUGCAAGUGCUGUGUGAGAACUGGCUGUAAAUCAAUUAUAGGUAUAGUCCUUUUCUCUCCUCUUCUGUUCUCCAAAUUAUUGAGCCAAGCAUGGACCACUUUCUUGAUGUUUUCACAUACCCUUAUAGGGAAGGGAAGAUAAAGACAUGUUUAAUGCCUUUUAAUUAUCGACACUAAAAGGUACUGCAAAAGUUUCUUCUUUUGUGGACCAAGUUGUUCAGGAUUAAGGUAAUAUGAUUGCUAAAGAAUGCACAUACAACUUGACUCUGGUAGGUAUUGUAUGCAUUUGUGUAGGUAUACUUUGGUCUUGAGUCUUUGUGGUUCAUUUGUAUGAAUGAUAUAUUGGAAACAUUAAUAUAUAUAUAUAUUUCUUUAGAUCAAUAUUUCUGCUCCAGUUCCAUUGCAAUAUUGUAUAGCUCUUGUUUUUUGAGGGGACUGUUGUCAAUGCCAGUUAAAUAUGUCAGCUGUCACCAAAGUGAAUACCUUAUGUUUGUUCUGUUAGAGCCCCCAUUUCUGAAUUAGAGCUUCUGGAUCUGAAUGCCCUAGCCACUCAAACUUACCAUAAGCUGGAAGUUUAUAAAUGAGUUCUCUCAUGGAUACCUAUCUACUUCUCAUCACAAGACUCUUCAGCAACUUGGAACUAUUUUGUUGGGUUUAACUUAAUUGAAAUUGCAAGGGUAACUUUACUUACACCUAGAAGUUGGUAAUGUAUUACCUCUCUCUCUCUCCUCCCCGUAAUUCAGUGUUACAUUUGAAUGUGAUGACCUCAAGUAAUUCUGUUGCAAAAAUUCCUUUUAUGAAAGUUGUAUGUAUGUGUGGCCUUAGGUUGCUAAGCAAUACUCCUGAACUCCCAAAAUGGGUUAUAUUUUGAUUUUAUAUAAUUUUGGGAAUUGUUAAAACAAUGUAGCAUGUGGGGACAAUUCACAUGAUAUACUAAUAUAUCUAAGCCUUAAAAUGGAAAAUUUACUGUAAGGCGGGUUUAGAAGACAAAUUGUCAUCUUUAUAAAUUUACUGUAGCUUCAGUUUUUAUCAACUCUCCUAAAUUUUUAAAGAAUGUAUAAAAUUACCAGACACUGUUCUCUUAAAACAAUAAAGAUCAUGGUCUGAAACAUC